AUGGCGAUGCACUUUACGAACAACUCCUGCCCCUUCUGCCACCGGGCAAUGUUUGCCCGCGCCCUUCGGGGUGUGGAGGUGGAGACACGUUUCGUGCCCUAUGGCCGGCAAGUGGAGUUUGCCGAGAAGCUCGGUGUUGAAGCGAUUCAGGGCGGAGCCCAGGAGUUCAAGCAGAAGACGGUGGCGGAGAUCAAGGCCAUCCGGCAGGAGUACCUUGAGAUGAUCAACCCCAGUGGGGAGGUGCCGAGCUUGCGCACGGCGGAGGGGGAAGUCAUCACCGAGUCCGAGAUCUUGGCGGAGUACUUCGACUCGGUCUCCUCAAGCCCUGGCCCGAAGCUCGUUCCGACAGAUCCGGUGCAAGCCAGCCGGGUGCGCUUAGCCAUGAAGAAGUUCAAUGAUGUUAUUCCAGGCCUGUUCGGCCUCCUAAGGAAUCAGGAUGGUAGCAAGGACCAGGACUGGGCCGACAAGAUCAAGUCGAGCUUGCAGAAGUUCGGUGCAGUCCUGAGCAAGGAAAGCAACUUUUGUGUGGGCAGCAGCGUCUCCUUGGCAGACGUGCAUUGUGCUCCCUUCCUGCAUCGUCUGAGUAUCAGCUUAUCGCACUUCCGUGACUUUCAGCUCCUAGCAGAUCCACGCAUUGCGAAGCUGCUGCAGACUGUUGCAGCGCUUCCUGAGUUUCAGAGCGGCAACCUCCCAGACAAGGACAUCAUAGCCAACUACGAGUUCGUAGCGCAUGGCUCACAGUGGGCCCGUGAUGGAAAGUCAUUCCAUGGACGAGGCAGGAGCAAGUUUGGCGAGCACUUCGGAAGGCUCGAUGCUGGAGUGACCGUUCACUACUUUCCGGUUCGCGGCCGCGCCGAAGCCCUGCGGAUGCUGCUUCGAACCGCUGGGAUUCCUUAUGUGGACAAGCUGUACAGCCCGGAAGAGUGGAACAGAGCCAAGGAGCUGAUGCCCGAGGGAAAGGGCGUGCCUGGAGUGUCCACACGCCCGGCCGGUAACAGAGGUUUACCGGUUCUGGAGCUCCGAACUGGAGAGAUGGUCCCUGAGACGGCGGACAUUGCCCGCCUCAUUCAGGAAGAAGCACCUGUUGGAAAGUUUCCGGCCUUGAAGGGCAGUCAGCUUGAACAGGCGCACGCGAUGGCCCUGGCUUGCAACACCUAUCCUCUCAUGUUUCCCGGUUGCAUGCUCGUGUCUUAUCCUGAGGAGGUUACAGAUGCCAUUCUGCGAGGUGAGAAACCCGACACAUACCAUGGCAAUCUGUCGAGCCUUCCGCCAUACAGCGAUGUUCUUGUGAGCCUCGAGCACUGGGAGAAGAGCUUGGGUGAUGCGCCAUUCUUUGCAGGAGACAUGCCGCACUACGGCGAGUUCAUGCUCUUCAACGUCAUUGACUCCCUGCGCCUCGUGGACCCACCAAGCGCAGCCAGGCUUGGCCUCAAGUUGCGCAGCUGGUUUGACAGGAUGGAAAGGCUACCAGCUGUCAGUGCUUAUCUCAAGGAGCGCCCGCAGCCUGGACCAAGCGCGCACGGAAAGCCCGGCAGCAUUAUCACGAAGUAUGCAAAGCCUGCCGAGCGCAAAUCCCUUGGUUGA